UCCAAAAAAAAAAACCUCUUCUUUGUGAGGAAGAGAGAUUGGGGGUUGUUUUGGUUCCUCGGAAUCCAUCCGCCCAUUCCAUCCCAUCCAUCUCCUUCCCAAUCUUCGCGUUCUCUAGCUUUCCCUUCUUCUUCCUCUAAAUUUCCUUAAUUUUCUUGAAGAGAAGGUAAACCGAGUGAAGAGGAGCCAGUGAUUACCAUUUCCCUCUUUUUGGGGUAUUUUGAGUCUGAUUUUGGUUUAUCUCUAGCGGGUGUUUCUGGGUUUGUGGGGUUGGUGGGUGAGAAUGGACAUGGACAGCAUAGAGUGCGUUUCAGUCUCGGAUUUGGACGAGGAUGAGAUCCACCACCACCAACAACAACAGCAACAGCAACAGCACCAUGGUCUUCAUCCACAUCCUCACCACCACUCCGAGUUCAUGUCCUCCAAGCCUCGCAAUGGCAACAACGUUAAUGGGGUUAACAUUGUGGGUCCCACGGCGAUCGCACCGGCCACCAGCGUCCACGAGUUGCUGGAGUGCCCCGUCUGCACCAAUUCCAUGUACCCACCAAUCCAUCAGUGCCACAAUGGACAUACACUGUGUUCUACCUGUAAAACAAGGGUACACAACCGGUGCCCCACUUGUAGACAAGAGCUUGGAGAUAUUAGGUGUUUAGCCUUGGAGAAGGUGGCUGAGUCGCUUGAACUGCCCUGCAAGUAUUACUCCUUGGGAUGCCCAGAAAUAUUUCCAUACUACAGUAAGCUGAAGCAUGAGUCAAUAUGUAAUUUCAGACCAUAUAAUUGUCCAUAUGCCGGAUCAGAGUGCUCUGUUGUUGGGGAUAUCCCUUUCCUGGUUGCCCAUCUGAGAGAUGAUCACAAGGUGGACAUGCACACAGGAUGCACAUUCAACCAUCGCUAUGUGAAGUCCAAUCCCCGAGAAGUAGAGAAUGCCACUUGGAUGCUCACAGUCUUUCAUUGUUUUGGUCAAUACUUCUGCCUUCAUUUUGAAGCCUUCCAGCUCGGCAUGGCCCCUGUUUACAUGGCAUUCCUCCGUUUCAUGGGCGAUGAGAAUGAGGCUCGGAACUAUAGUUAUAGCCUUGAGGUUGGCGCAAAUGGUAGGAAACUCAUAUGGGAGGGUACCCCACGAAGUAUCCGAGAUAGUCACCGAAAGGUCAGGGACAGCCAUGAUGGUCUCAUUAUCCAACGAAACAUGGCUCUCUUCUUCUCAGGUGGGGAUAGAAAGGAGCUGAAGCUGAGAGUUACUGGGAGGAUAUGGAAAGAACAACAAAAUCCAGAUGCUGGGGUGUGCAUACCGAACCUUUGUAGCUGAGAAAGAUGAUUUUGAAAGCAUCUUGAAUGUUUAUCUUUGGGACGUGUGUGUGUUGUAACUGAUUCGAUUUUUCUGGUAUGUUGUAACGGAUGAAAGGUUUUUGAAGACUUGUGGAAGUAUCAGCUUCUUGCAAUUGUAUAAUAAGCAACCUCUUCCUCCUUUA